AUGUUAAAUAAUAUAAAUAAUAAAAUAAAGGAUGAAAAUAAACUGAGUUCAAUGUCAAAUUAUGUAGAUAGGGAAAAUGCAGAUAUCAUGGGAAUAGGUAUAAAAAAUAAUUAUAUGACAAUAAAUAAUUAUUAUGGAGAAAAAACAAAUGAAAAUAUUUAUUAUAAUGGAGAGUAUAUAAAUAACGUUAAUGAUAAUGUUGUUAAAAAAGUUGGUUAUAUAAAUUAUAAUAAUAUGACAAACGAAUUACCUAAAAGUGAAAAUUGGAAAAAUAUUGAGGAAUAUAAUAAUGAUCUUAAUAAAAAUAAAAGAAAUAAUCCAAUUUAUAAUAAUAUAAAUAAUAAUAUUGAAAUAAAUGAAUCUAUAAAAAAGCAAAAAACAAUAAAUGAUGAUAUAUCAUAUUAUUCAAAUCCAAAUAUGCAAUAUAAUAAUAUAAUUAAAACAACUACUAAUCAAGAAUUUGACGAAAUAAAUCAAUGGAAUAAUCUAAAUUCAUAUGUAGAGAAUGAAACAUAUCAUAUAUAUUCUCAAAAUAGUAACAAUAAAAAUAAUAAUAACAAUAGUAAUGAUAGUAGUAUGUAUGAAUACCAAACAGUUAAUGGUAUAGAUGGAAUGAAUCUAAAUAAUAAUAAUAUAAACAUAUCUUCAAAAUAUGAAAAUAUUUCAUUUCCUAUGAAAUAUGAAAAUAACCCAAAUGAAUGGUAUAUGACAAGUGAUAAUAGUGAUUGGGUUGUAAAUAAAGAAUGUAAUUGGUUAUAUAAUUUUAAAGAUAAAUUAUAUUUUAAUAUAAAAAGUCAAGGAAUUUAUUUUGAGGAAAAUGGUGAUUUUUUUUUAGUUGACAAUUCUAUAGAUAAAGGAGAAAAAGAAAAUAAUGGAUAUAGUGAGUAUAUAUAUGAAGAUAAUAAAAAUAAAUGUUUUGAAACAAAUGUAAAAAAAAGUUAUACUAAUGAAAAUGAAGACAUCCAAAAUAGUGGAGAUAAUAAUAAUUAUUCUUCAACUAAUGGAAAUAUUCAAAAACAAUAUUUAAAUGAAAAAAUGAUAAUUAUUAAUGAUAGUGCUAAUAUAAACAAUAUGAACGGUGCAAUAAUGUUGUCUCCAUCUAAUGUUGGCCAUGCUGAUAAUAAUGACAAUAAUGAAGAGACUGUUGAAGAAUUUAGUAUGGUUUUGGAAGAUGAUUUAGUAUGUGGUACUUGUAGUAAAAUAGGUAGCCAUAAUCGAAAUGAAAAUGAAGAUUUUUAUAUAACAAAAGAUAUAUUAGAUUUAAAUAAUGUAUCCGAAAAUGAUAGUUUAUGUUUUUUUAGUGCCGUUUUCGAUGGGCAUGGUGGAUCGAAUUGUGCUCGAUAUGUUAUGUCUCAUUUAAAAACAAAUUUAAUUGCUAAAUUUCGACAAUCUUUUUUAAUUACUUGUAAAAAACAUUAUAAAGAGAAAAAUACAAAAAUAAAUGAAUUAAGUGUGGCUAUUAAGGCAUUAUAUGAUAGUUGUAUAAAAGGGUUUGAAAUGACAGAUAAAAAUUACUUAGAAUUAUCCAAAAAAUAUGAUUAUAAAGAUGGUGCAACAUCUUGUGUCGUUUUAAUUUAUGGACCCGAUGAAGAUGGGUCGUUAAAAGUUUUAUGUGCUAAUUGUGGUGAUUCAUGUGCAUUCAUAUGUCAUGAUAGAAAGCCAAUAAAGUUAUCAUUACAACAUAAGCCAGAUUUACAAGAAGAAAGAAUACGUAUUUUAAGAUGUGGAGGUAUUAUAGCAAAUAUUAAUGGAAUAAAUAGAAUAAUUACAAAACAUAAAGAUAAAAAUUCAAAUAAUCGAGAAAAAACAUUUUUAGCUUUAUCUACAUCUAGAUCUUUUGGAGACAUUCCUUAUAAAAUUCCAAAAAAAAUAGUUUUAUGUAAACCAUUUAUUAGUGUUUAUACUAUUGAUUUUGAUUUAGAUUCAUUUCUAGUUCUAGCUACUGAUGGUAUAUUAAAUGUAUUAACUGAUGUUGAAAUAAUUGAUAUCAUUUGGAAAAACAUUCAUCAAACUCCUGAAUAUGCAGCAGAAGAAGUUGUUAAGGAAGCCACAAAACGAGGAUCAACAGAUGACAAAACAUGUACUGUUAUUUUUUUCAAUUGGAGAAAGGAUAUUUUUAAUAAAAAUACAAAAAAUAUGAAUUUUGAUCAAGUACCUCAAUAUGAUUCAAAUCCAGAGGACAUCAACAUGUUUUCCGCAAUAUAA